UGUUUCAUAUUGGUUUUCCUCACAGGUAUUUGCUGCAGAGUAUUCUUUGAUAUGUAAAAUAUCAGAGUAUAGAAAGCCUUACAUUUCCUUAAUGGACGGUGUGACUAUGGGGUUUGGAAUUGGGCUGUCUGGACAUGGCCAAUAUCGCAUCAUCACUGAGAGAACUCUUCUUGCAAUGCCAGAGAAUGGAAUUGGUUUGUUUCCAGAUGUUGGUUUUGCUUAUAUUGCUGCCAAUACUCCUGGGGAAGGAGCAAUUGGUGCAUACCUUGGAUUGACUGGAAAAAGAAUAUCGUCUCCUGCUGAUAGUCUGUACAUAGGUCUUGGAACUCAUUUUGUUCCCUCUGGUAGCAUAGCUGCCCUCAAGGAAGCCCUGCAAAAUAUCAAUUUCUCCAAUGAGCCUCACAAAGAUAUUGAAGCUGUGUUAGCGGAGUACAGGAAAGAAUCUGGUUCAGAGUCUCAACUGAAAACACUUUUGCCUCAAAUUGUUUCAUCUUUUGGUGUAAAUAGAUCAGUCUCUGAGACAAUAGAGGAGCUGAAAAGGCACCAAACAAGUACUGACACUGCAGUGGCAGCAUGGGCUAGCGAGGCUCUUUCUGGAAUAGCUAAAGGUGCUCCGUUCUCUCUUUGCCUCACCCAAAAACAUUUUUCUGAAGUUGCAUUAGCACAUAAAAACAAUCAACACCAUCUAUCAAAAUUAACUGGAGUAAUGAAAACUGAAUUCCGGAUCGCUUUGAGAUCCUCACUUCGAAAUGAUUUUACUGAAGGUGUUCGGGCAGUCUUGGUGGACAAGGACCAGAAUCCGAAAUGGAACCCAUCCAGAUUGGAGGAAGUUGACACUGCUGAAGUGGAAUCAGUUUUUGCCCCAUUACCUGAUGAAAAUGAAUUAAAUGUAUGACAAGGAAGAGUUAAUGAAGGUGAAGAAAAGGACCUGCUGCAAAACCUUGUUCUGGUAUGCCGUCGGAAAACAUUAAAUGAGACAAUUAUGUGGUCUCAAAUUGUAGGUAUUUGUCUUCUCUGAAUGUAAUUUUAGUAUUUUCGACUUGAAUAACAUUUACAUAAAGGAUUGCUGGAAGUGAAGACACAUACGUUUUAUGUAAGGUUCCUUGCUGAACUACUCCAUUAGAUGGUUUAACAAUAUCUUAUUGAUUUUAUGAUUA